ACCUUCAGUCUAAGCAGUGAGAUUGAGCCAAAUAUGAAAGAGUGGGCAGAUGGCUCAAGUUUUACAUGCAAGUCCAUUCACAAUGGCAGUGAAUUUAUAAAGACAAUAAGUAUUUGUCAACUCCAUGGAAACACCCUUCCUUCCAUUCAUGUGGAGAUUCCCAGCUUCAAAACUGUUAUGGUGGCAUCAUCUGAGGUGAAAGCAACAUGUCUGGUCCAUACUGAUUUUGAUGCGAAGCUAACCUGGCUGAUGGAUGGAAUAAAUUCAUCCACUUACGCAGUGACCAUGGACACCAACACAACUCAUAGAAUCAGUAAUGUGGCAGUUUCAUCAAGCCAGUGGAAACAACUGAAGCAUAUAACAUGCAGAGCAGAACAUGAAUGCUUCUCAUCCUCUGAGAAGACCGUAAACGUUGCAGGGCCUGCAGUGACAGCUCCAUCAGUGGAGAUCAGGAGAUCUCUGCCACAUUUGCUGAAGGGAAACAGUGCUGUGCUGGAGUGUGACGUCACACAACUCUCCUCCAGUGACCUUUAUGUCACCUUUCAAGCCAACGGUGUGGACAUCUCUGACAAACAGUUUGUUGAUCUUCCUGAAGUCCCAGGCCUCCAUUCAAUCAGUAGACACUUCACUGUCCCUCCACGUCACUGGAAGAAAGGUACACGUUUCACCUGUAAAGUGAAUCAAGGCUUCUCCAGCAACUUUGAGUCAAACUCAACUGGAAAUAUUUUUGUGGACCCAUCAGUGGAGCUCCUUCUGGUCCCCAGUGAAGAGUCAGGACCACAGAGACUCUCAUGCUCUGGAUGGGGCUUCAACCCUCAAAUUAAAUGGUUUUCAGAGGCUCAGCAAAGAUCCUCAUCAACCAGUGACAUCAGCAUGGGUGCAGAUGGACGUGUAUCAGUCACCAGUCAACUUCAUAUCCCUCAGAAAGAGUGGAAAACAGGGAAGAUCUUCACUUGCGAAGUAUUUGACAAGUCUCUGAACAAAAAUGUCAGGAAGGAAAUCAGCCUCUGUUCAGCUCAUUCAAGUGUCCCUCCUUCCAUUCAUGUGGAGAUUCCCAAUUUCAAGACAGUAAUGAUGGCAGAAUCUGAGGUGAAAGCAACUUGUUUGGUCCGCACUGUUUUUGAUGCCAAGAUGACCUGGCUGAUGGAUGGGACAGUUUUGCCAAGUGGCAAAAUAAACCAAGCUGCAAACACAACUCAUGUGGUCAGUGAAGUGGUAGUUUCAUUAAGCCAGUGGAAAGAACUCAAGUUUAUAACAUGCAGAGCUGUCCAUAAGUGCUUCUCAUCCACUGAGAGGACUGUGAAUGUUACAGGGCCUGCAGUGACAGCUCCAUCAGUGGAGAUCAGGAGAUCUCUGCCACAUUUGCUGAAGGGAAACAGUGCUGUGCUGGAGUGUGACAUCACACAACUUUCCACCAGUGACCUUUAUGUCACCUUUCAAGCCAAUGGUGUUGACAUCUCUGACAAACAGUUUGUUGAUCUUCCUGAAGUCCCAGGCCUCCAUUCAAUCAGUAGACACUUCACUGUCCCUCCAAGUCACUGGAGGAAAGAUGCAAGUUUCACCUGCAAAGUGAAUCAAGGCUUUUCCAGCAACUUUGAGUCAAACUCAACUGGAAAUAUUUUUGUGGACCCAUCAGUGGAGCUCCUUCUGGUCCCCAGUGAAGAGUCAGGACCACAGAGACUCUCAUGCUCUGGAUGGGGCUUCAACCCUCAAAUUAAAUGGUUGUCGGAGGCUCAGCAAAGAUCCUCAUCAACCAGUGACAUCAGCAUGGGUGCAGAUGGACGUGUAUCAGUCACCAGUCAACUUCAUAUCCCUCAGAAAGAGUGGAAAACAGGGAAGGUCUUCACUUGUGAAGUAUUUGACAAGUCUCUGAACAAAAAUGUCAGGAAGGAAAUCAGCCUCUGUUCAGCUCAUUCAAGUGUCCCUCCUUCCAUUCAUGUGGAGAUUCCCAGUUUCAAGACAGUAAUGAUGGCAGAAUCUGAGGUGAAAACAACUUGUUUGGUCCACACUGUUUUUGAUGCCAAGGUGACCUGGCUGAUGGAUGGGACAGUUUUGCCAAGUGGCAAAAUAAACCAAGCUGCAAACACAACUCAUGUGGUCAGUGAAGUGGUAGUUUCAUUAAGCCAGUGGAAAGAACUCAAGUUUAUAACAUGCAGAGCUGUCCAUAAGUGCUUCUCAUCCACUGAGAGGACUGUGAAUGUUACAGGGCCUGCAGUGACAGCUCCAUCAGUGGAGAUCAGGAGAUCUCUGCCACAUUUGCUGAAGGGAAACAGUGCUGUGCUGGAGUGUGACGUCACACAACUCUCCUCCAGUGACCUUUAUGUCACCUUUCAAGCCAACGGUGUUGACAUCUCUGACAAACAGUUUGUUGAUCUUCCUGAAGUCCCAGGCCUCCAUUCAAUUAGUAGACACUUCACUGUCCCUCCAAGUCACUGGAAGAAAGGCGCAAGUUUCACCUGUAAAGUGAAUCAAGGCUUCUCCAGCAACUUUGAGUCAAACUCAACUGGAAAUAUUUUUGUGGACCCAUCAGUGGAGCUCCUUCUGGUCCCCAGUGAAGAGUCAGGACCACAGAGACUCUCAUGCUCUGGAUGGGGCUUCAACCCUCAAAUUAAAUGGUUUUCAGAGGCUCAGCAAAGAUCCUCAUCAACCAGUGACAUCAGCAUGGGUGCAGAUGGACGUGUAUCAGUCACCAGUCAACUUCAUAUCCCUCAGAAAGAGUGGAAAACAGGGAAGGUCUUCACUUGUGAAGUAUUUGACAAGUCUCUGAACAAAAGUGUCAGGAAGGAAAUCAGCCUCUGUUCAGCUCAUUCAAGUGUUCCUCCUUCCAUUCAUGUGGAGAUUCCCAGUUUCAAGACAGUAAUGAUGGCAGAAUCUGAGGUGAAAGCAACUUGUUUGGUCCGCACUGUUUUUGAUGCCAAGGUGACCUGGCUGAUGGAUGGGACAGUUUUGCCAAGUGGCAAAAUAAACCAAGCUGCAAACACAACUCAUGUGGUCAGUGAAGUGGUAGUUUCAUUAAGCCAGUGGAAAGAACUCAAGUUUAUAACAUGCAGAGCUGUCCAUAAGUGCUUCUCAUCCACUGAGAGGACUGUGAAUGUUACAGGGCCUGCAGUGACAGCUCCAUCAGUGGAGAUCAGGAGAUCUCUGCCACAUUUGCUGAAGGGAAACAGUGCUGUGCUGGAGUGUGACGUCACACAACUCUCCUCCAGUGACCUUUAUGUCACCUUUCAAGCCAACGGUGUUGACAUCUCUGACAAACAGUUUGUUGAUCUUCCUGAAGUCCCAGGCCUCCAUUCAAUCAGUAGACACUUCACUGUCCCUCCAAGUCACUGGAAGAAAGGAGCAAGUUUCACCUGUAAAGUGAAUCAAGGCUUCUCCAGCAACUUUGAGUCAAACUCAACUGGAAAUAUUUUUGUGGACCCAUCAGUGGAGCUCCUUCUGGUCCCCAGUGAAGAGUCAGGACCACAGAGACUCUCAUGCUCUGGAUGGGGCUUCAACCCUCAAAUUAAUUGGUUUUCGGAGGCUCAGCAAAGAUCCUCAUCAACCAGUGACAUCAGCAUGGGUGCAGAUGGACGUGUAUCAGUCACCAGUCAACUUCAUAUCCCUCAGAAAGAGUGGAAAACAGGGAAGGUCUUCACUUGCGAAGUAUUUGACAAGUCUCUGAACAAAAAUGUCAGGAAGGAAAUCAGCCUCUGUUCAGCUCAUUCAAGUGUCCCUCCUUCCAUUCAUGUGGAGAUUCCCAAUUUCAAGACAGUAAUGAUGGCAGAAUCUGAGGUGAAAGCAACUUGUUUGGUCCGCACUGUUUUUGAUGCCAAGGUGACCUGGCUGAUGGAUGGGACAGUUUUGCCAAGUGGCAAAAUAAACCAAGCUGCAAACACAACUCAUGUGGUCAGUGAAGUGGUAGUUUCAUUAAGCCAGUGGAAAGAACUCAAGUUUAUAACAUGCAGAGCUGUCCAUAAGUGCUUCUCAUCCACUGAGAGGACUGUGAAUGUUACAGGGCCUGCAGUGACAGCUCCAUUAGUGGAGAUCAGGAGAUCUCUGCCACAUUUGCUGAAGGGAAACAGUGCUGUGCUGGAGUGUGACGUCACACAACUCUCCUCCAGUGACCUUUAUGUCACCUUUCAAGCCAACGGUGUUAACAUCUCUGACAAACAGUUUGUUGAUCUUCCUGAAGUCCCAGGCCUCCAUUCAAUUAGUAGACACUUCACUGUCCCUCCAAGUCACUGGAAGAAAGGCGCAAGUUUCACCUGUAAAGUGAAUCAAGGCUUCUCCAGCAACUUUGAGUCAAACUCAACUGGAAAUGUUUUUGUGGACCCAUCAGUGGAGCUCCUUCUGGUCCCCAGUGAAGAGUCAGGACCACAGAGACUCUCAUGCUCUGGAUGGGGCUUCAACCCUCAAAUUAAAUGGUUUUCAGAGGCUCAGCAAAGAUCCUCAUCAACCAGUGACAUCAGCAUGGGUGCAGAUGGACGUGUAUCAGUCACCAGUCAACUUCAUAUCCCUCAGAAAGAGUGGAAAACAGGGAAGGUCUUCACUUGCGAAGUAUUUGACAAGUCUCUGAACAAAAAUGUCAGGAAGGAAAUCAGCCUCUGUUCAGCUCAUUCAAGUGUCCCUCCUUCCAUUCAUGUGGAGAUUCCCAGUUUCAAGACAGUAAUGAUGGAAGAAUCUGAGGUGAAAGCAACUUGUUUGGUCCGCACUGUUUUUGAUGCCAAGGUGACCUGGCUGAUGGAUGAGACAGUUUUGCCAAGUGGCAAAAUAAACCAAGUUGCAAACACAACUCAUGUGGUCAGUGAAGUGGUAGUUUCAUUAAGCCAGUGGAAAGAACUCAAGUUUAUAACAUGCAGAGCUGUCCAUAAGUGCUUCUCAUCCACUGAGAGGACUGUGAAUGUUACAGGGCCUGCAGUGACAGCUCCAUCAGUGGAGAUCAGGAGAUCUCUGCCACAUUUGCUGAAGGGAAACAGUGCUGUGCUGGAGUGUGACGUCACACAACUCUCCUCCAGUGACCUUUAUGUCACCUUUCAAGCCAACGGUGUUGACAUCUCUGACAAACAGUUUGUUGAUCUUCCUGAAGCCCCAGGCCUCCAUUCAAUCAGUAGACACUUCACUGUCCCUCCAAGUCACUGGAAGAAAGGCACAAGUUUCACCUGUAAAGUGAAUCAAGGCUUCUCCAGCAACUUUGAGUCAACCUCAACUGGAAAUAUUUUUGUGGACCCAUCAGUGGAGCUCCUUCUGGUCCCCAGUGAAGAGUCAGGACCACAGAGACUCUCAUGCUCUGGAUGGGGCUUCAACCCUCAAAUUAAAUGGUUUUCGGAGGCUCAGCAAAGAUCCUCAUCAACCAGUGACAUCAGCAUGGGUGCAGAUGGACGUGUAUCAGUCACCAGUCAACUUCAUAUCCCUCAGAAAGAGUGGAAAACAGGGAAGGUCUUCACUUGCGAAGUAUUUGACAAGUCUCUGAACAAAAAUGUCAGGAAGGAAAUCAGCCUCUGUUCAGCUCAUUCAAGUGUCCCUCCUUCCAUUCAUGUGGAGAUUCUCAGUUUCAAGACAGUAAUGAUGGCAGAAUCUGAGGUGAAAGCAACUUGUUUGGUCCACACUGUUUUUGAUGCCAAGGUGACCUGGCUGAUGGAUGGGACAGUUUUGCCAAGUGGCAAAAUAAACCAAGUUGCAAACACAACUCAUGUGGUCAGUGAAGUGGUAGUUUCAUCAAGCCAGUGGAAAGAACUCAAGUUUAUAACAUGCAGAGCUGUCCAUAAGUGCUUCUCAUCCACUGAGAGGACUGUGAAUGUUACAGGGCCUGCAGUGACAGCUCCAUCAGUGGAGAUCAGGAGAUCUCUGCCACAUUUGCUGAAGGGAAACAGUGCUGUGCUGGAGUGUGACGUCACACAACUCUCCUCCAGUGACCUUUAUGUCACCUUUCAAGCCAACGGUGUUGACAUCUCUGACAAACAGUUUGUUGAUCUUCCUGAAGUCCCAGGCCUCCAUUCAAUCAGUAGACACUUCACUGUCCCUCCAAGUCACUGGAGGAAAGAUGCAAGUUUCACCUGCAAAGUGAAUCAAGGCUUCUCCAGCAACUUUGAGUCAAACUCAACUGGAAAUAUUUUUGUGGACCCAUCAGUGGAGCUCCUUCUGGUCCUCAGUGAAAAGUCAGGACCACAGAGACUCUUAUGUUCUGGAUGGGGCUUCAACCCUCAAAUUAAAUGGUUGUCGGAGGCUCAGAUAACAUCAUCUUCAACCAAUGACAUCAGCAUGGGUGCAGAUGGACGUGUCUCAGUCACCAGUCAACUUCAUAUCCCUCAGAAGGAGUGGAAAACAGGGAAGGUCUUCACUUGCGAAGUAUUUGACAAGUCUCUGAACAAAAAUGUCAGGAAGGAAAUCAGCCUCUGUUCAGCUCAUUCAAGUGUCCCUCCUUCCAUUCAUGUGGAGAUUCCCAAUUUCAAGACAGUAAUGAUGGCAGAAUCUGAGGUGAAAACAACUUGUUUGGUCCGCACUGUUUUUGAUGCCAAGGUGACCUGGCUGAUGGAUGGGACAGUUUUGCCAAGUGGCAAAAUAAACCAAGUUGCAAACACAACUCAUGUGGUCAGUGAAGUGGUAGUUUCAUUAAGCCAGUGGAAAGAACUCAAGUUUAUAACAUGCAGAGCUGUCCAUAAGUGCUUCUCAUCCACUGAGAGGACUGUGAAAGUUACAGGGCCUGCAGUGACAGCUCCAUCAGUGGAGAUCAGGAGAUCUCUGCCACAUUUGCUGAAGGGAAACAGUGCUGUGCUGGAGUGUGACAUCACACAACUUUCCACCAGUGACCUUUAUGUCACCUUUCAAGCCAAUGGUGUUGACAUCUCUGACAAACAGUUUGUUGAUCUUCUCGAAGCCCCAGGCCUCCAUUCAAUUAGUAGACACUUCACUGUCCCUCCAGGUCACUGGAAGAAAGGAGCAAGUUUCACCUGUAAAGUGAAUCAAGGCUUCUCCAGCAACUUUGAGUCAAACUCAACUGGAAAUAUUUUUGUGGACCCAUCAGUGGAGCUCCUUCUGGUUCCCAGUGAAGAGUCAGGACCACAGAGACUCUCAUGCUCUGGAUGGGGCUUCAACCCUCAAAUUAAAUGGUUUUCGGAGGCUCAGCAAAGAUCCUCAUCAACCAGUGACAUCAGCAUGGGUGCAGAUGGACGUGUAUCAGUCACCAGUCAACUUCAUAUCCCUCAGAAAGAGUGGAAAACAGGGAAGGUCUUCACUUGCGAAGUAUUUGACAAGUCUCUGAACAAAAAUGUCAGGAAGGAAAUCAGCCUCUGUUCAGCUCAUUCAAGUGUCCCUCCUUCCAUUCAUGUGGAGAUUCCCAGUUUCAAGACAGUAAUGAUGGCAGAAUCUGAGGUGAAAGCAACUUGUUUGGUCCGCACUGUUUUUGAUGCCAAGGUGAUCUGGCUGAUGGAUGGGACAAUUUUGCCAAGUGGCAAAAUAAACCAAGCUGCAAACACAACUCAUGUGGUCAGUGAAGUGGUAGUUUCAUUAAGCCAGUGGAAAGAACUCAAGUUUAUAACAUGCAGAGCUGUCCAUAAGUGCUUCUCAUCCACUGAGAGGACUGUGAAUGUUACAGGGCCUGCAGUGACAGCUCCAUCAGUGGAGAUCAGGAGAUCUCUGCCACAUUUGCUGAAAGGAAACAGUGCUGUGCUGCAGUGUGAUGUCACACAACUCUCCUCCAGUGACCUUUAUGUCACCUUUCAAGCCAACGGUGUUGACAUCUCUGACAAACAGUUUGUUGAUCUUCCUGAAGUCCCAGGCCUCCAUUCAAUCAGUAGACACUUCACUGUCCCUCCAAGUCACUGGAAGAAAGGUGCAAGUUUCACCUGUAAAGUGAAUCAAGGCUUCUCCAGCAACUUUGAGUCAAACUCAACUGGAAAUAUUUUUGUGGACCCAUCAGUGGAGCUCCUUCUGGUCCCCAGUGAGGAGUCAGGACCACAGAGACUCUCAUGCUCUGGAUGGGGCUUCAACCCUCAAAUUAAAUGGUUUUCGGAGGCUCAGCAAAGAUUCUCAUCAACCAAUGACAUCAGCAUGGGUUCAGAUGGACGUCUAUCAGUCACCAGUCAACUUCAUAUCCCUCAGAAAGAGUGGAAAACAGGGAAAGUCUUCACUUGUGAAGUGUCUGACAGAUCUCUGGACAAAACAGUUAGAAAGGACACCAGCCUCUGUUCAGUUGCUCAAACAUCAUCUCACACAGUUGCUGUGUAUGUUCUGGGACCACCACUCCAGGAGCUUCAGAACCAGGAACAGCUGACUAUCACCUGUCUUCUUGUUGGCUCUCCACUUCACGAUUUCUCCAUCACCUGGAAAGUAGGUGGGAACAAAUGUUCUCUUAAUGUCCAUAUGGAGCCACCAGUGAGUCACAGGAAUGGGACAGAGACUUUGAGGAGUUUCCUCAAUGUGUCAGCAGAGGAUUGGCAUGCAUAUAAACAAGUGUCUUGUGAGGGGAAGCAUCAAUGUUCCAACCAGAGCUAUGAGGACCAUAUAAGCAAAAACAGAGACUUGUAUCCACCAUCUGUGAAGAUAAUACAACCAACUGACUCUGAGCUGUCUACGUCAGACGUCCUCACACUUCUUUGCCUCGUCUCUGGAUUUUUUCCAUCUAACCUCGAAGUGUACUGGGAAGAGAAGGGCCAGAGACUCCCUUCAACUCACUACACAAACAGUCCUGUGUGGAAAUAUACAGGCAGCAGCACUUACUCAAUGAGCAGCAGACUGAACGCAUCCAAAACUGAAGACAAAGAGUCUACAUAUUCUUGCGUUGUCAAACAUGAGUCAUCUGAAACACCUUUUGAAAGCACUAUCAAGGAUGUGUUUGCCACAGUGACCCACAGUGAACCUUCAGCCACUUUGCUCCAGGGCUCUGGUGAGCUUGUGUGUCUGGUCUUUGGCUUCAGUCCCUCAUCCAUCAACAUCACUUGGUUUCUUGAUGACACCAAGGAACUGUUGGUCUACAACACUAGCGAACCCCACAGAGGCCCAAACGGAAAGUUCAGCAUCCAAAGCCACCUUCAUCUGUCUGAAGUCAACUGGUUACCUGGAGCAGUCCUCACCUGCAGGGUGACACACACAAACACAACCCUAUCCCUGAAUUUUGUGAAACCAGACAUCAUGGAGGACUUUGUGGAUGUUGUGCAUGCUGAUGUGAACCAAGACAUAAAUGUGGAAAGCUGGUAUAUGGCUUUCACUUUCCUUCUUUUCUUCCUCAUUGCCAUCAUCUAUGGAGUCUUGGCUACCGUAAUUAAGACUAAAUGAUGAAGAUCACAGGACAGAUCCCAUUUUAUGAUCCAAAUGUGGACUUUUGAGAAUUUCUGAUGGCUUUACCAGCUUUAAAGUAUAAGUAAAGCAUCUUUAAAGUGUAUUAAUGCAUCUUCUUUCUAUUCUUAUGUUUCUGUUAUUAUAUUCUAAGGAAUUAGUUUAUACUGUAUACAUUUCUUUUAAUGUUUCAUUGAUAUAGUCGGUGUGUCAUGUCGGUAUUGCACGUCUGUAAGAGGAAAUGACAACAAUAAAUUAAUAGAUAUUAUAGAUAAAAUAAAUUCUGACGUUGAUAAUCUGUUCAAUCUUUUAUCACUGGAUUCAUUCUUACAUAGAAACAAAUAAAAUAUAGAAAACAAAGUUUGUCAUAAUUUUCCUCAUUGAUGAAACAAUGAAUAAAACAACAUGAUAUAACACAA